CAGCAAACAUGUCGUCGGCGAAGUGGCGCGCCCUCCAGCACCGCCACCGCUACACCUACACCGCCGUGGUCUUCCCCCCUUCCUUCCUCGACUCCCUCGGCCAACUCCUCUCCCACCCCCUCCUCUCUCCCUUCCACUCUUCCCUCCUCCACCUCACUUCCCUCUCCUCCACCUUCUCCCAACUCUCCCACACCAAACACCUCUCUUCCACCUUCUCCCUGCUCUUCUCCCUCCCCGAACCUCCCUCCCAACCUCAGCUUCGUCUCGCUUCCUCCCUUUAUCUCGAACUUCUCUUCCUCGAUAACUCCCUUCCCUUACACCGAACCCUACUCUCUUCACUCGCCAAAACCCGCGCGUUUCAUUCCACCGUCGCCGCUUCCUUCAAAACCCUCUGUCAAGACUACACGCGCAAGGGGAAGCCCUUUGCUGUGUCACGCGCCGCGCUCUCCGUUCUCGGCUUUCCCAAGCUCGGCUUCCUCGUUGACGUUGUUGAAGAUUGCGCCGUUUUGGUGGCUUGUGAUGCGGUUCACGGUUUAAACGGCGUCGUUUCGGAAACCGGUGAAUUGGCUCGUCCUUCUCCUAUUGUGAUGGAACAGAGCCAGGAGGCGUUGUCUUGUUUGUAUUACUUGCUUCAGAAGUUUCCUUCGAAGUUUGGUUCAGAGAACGGUGCGGGUUGUUCGAGUGUUAUGGAAGGGGUUGUGAUUGUCGUUUUGAGCGUUUUGAGUUCGUAUGCAUUUUCUAGGGAUUGUUUUGUGGCUGCUGGUGUGGCUUUCUGUGCGGCUCUUCAGGUUUGUCUCAGUUUGGAAGAGCUUGGGCUGGUUUUGAUUCGCGGCCUGUUUGAUUUGAAUUCGGGUGGUGAUUGUUGUGAUAGUGAGUUUAGGAAUGCAAUUCGGAAGGUUCCUUGUGAAGGGGAUGUGUAUGAAGGGAUAUGUGGUCUUUCUGUGUUGAGUAGGCUUUGUCUUAUUAGAGGGAUUCUUACUGCGGUUUCUAGAGACUUGUUGAACACUCGUUUUGGUGAUGUUAACGGCUGUGAUGUUCCAAGAGUCGGUGGAAGUAUGAGUUUUAAGACUGUGUUGUAUGAUGGGAUUUUGCCUGAGCUGUGCAAGUACUGUGAAAAUCCUGUUGAUGGCCAUUUCAAUUUUCAUGCGUUGACUGUGAUGCAAAUUUGUUUGCAGCAGAUAAAGACGUCGUUAUUGUCAAAUCUGACUGAUACGUCAGGAGGAUAUGAUCCUCUUCCUGAGGAAAUGGGAAUGCGGAUACUUAGGAUUAUUUGGAAUAACUUGGAGGAUCCAUUGAGUCAGACGGUGAAACAAGUUCACCUCAUUUUUGAUCUUUUCUUGGAUAUUCAGUCUUCUCUCUGUUGGUCAGAGGGUGGUGAGAAAAUAAACAAGUUUUUACAGAAGAUUGGGUUGGAUCUACUUUCCCUGGGGUCACGAUGUAAGGGGAGAUAUGUUCCUCUAGCGUUGCUGACCAAGAGGUUGGGAGCAAAAAAAAUGUUAGAUAUGAGGCCAGACCUGUUAUUUGAGACAAUACAGGCAUAUGUUGAUGACGAUGUCUGCUGUGCAGCCACAUCAUUUCUAAAGUGCUUCCUUGAGUAUUUGCGUGAUGAGUGCUGGGAGACUGAUGGAAUUGAAGGUGGGUACUCUCUGUACAGACGGCAUUGUCUUCCCCCAAUUCUGUAUGGGCUAGCUUCUGGAUUCUCAAAACUUCGCACUAAUUUAAAUACUUAUGCUCUUCCAGUUUUACUGGAAAUUGAUGUGGAUAGUAUAUUUCCCAUGCUUAGUUUCAUUUCAGUUGGGCCAAAUGGGGAUGAAAAUGGACUGCAUUAUCCAGAACUUGUUAAUGCAAACAUGGAGGUGAAUCUUGAACAGAGAAUUGCAAUUCUAGUUUCAUUGCUAAAAGUAUCUCGGUCACUUGCUUUGGUUGAAGGAGACAUUGAUUGGUCUGAAAAUCCUUCAGCAAAUGGAAAAGAGCCUGGUCUGGGAAUAGAAAGCCAUGCUCUUGUUUGCAUAAAGGGAAUAAAUGUUAAGAUCUGUGUUCAGUGGCUAGUAAAUGCAUUGACUCAUGUGGACGAGUCACUACGUGUAGAUGCUGCUGAGUCUCUUUUCUUAAACCCCAAGACAUCUAGUCUGCCUUCUCAUUUAGAGCUCACUCUAAUGAAGGAAGCCGUGCCUCUGAAUAUGAGAUGUUGCUCCUCAGCUUUCCAGAUGAAGUGGUGCAGCUUGUUCCGUAAGUUCUUUUCUAGGGUUCGAACAGCCCUGGAGAGACAAUUCAAGCAAGGAAGCUGGAACCCUCUCGAGAAUAAUAAAGGUAAUGAAGUGUAUCAUUCAAAAGGGAAUAGUGAAUUGACAAUUGAAAGGGCAGAUGAUCUUUUUCAUUUUAUGAGGUGGUUGAGUGGCUUUUUAUUUUUUUCAUGCUAUCCUUCUGCUCCUUACAAAAGAAAAAUAAUGGCAAUGGGUCUCAUCUUGAUUAUGAUAAAUGUGUGGUCUAUUAAGUCAUCAAGUAGUGAGGAGUUUAAUAGUUCUUUAUCAGGAAAUAAUCUCUAUCCUUACAGUAAGGGAAUGACUUCAUCUGAUUCAACUCUAUUGUUAGUUGGUUCAAUUAUUGAUAGUUGGGACAGGUUGAGAGAGAGUUCAUUUCACAUAUUACUCCAUUUUCCAACCCCACUACCUGGUAUUUCAAGUGAAGACACGCUAAAGAAGCUAAUUGCUUCAGCUAUGAAAUUAGUUUGCAGUCCACGUGUAAGGGAAAGUGAUGCUGGAGCUCUAACUUUACGGCUUAUAUUUAGAAAGUAUGUUUUGGAGCUAGGUUGGUUGAUUGAAGAUUCUUUCAAUGCUGUUCAUUUAAGCUCAAAGUCUGAAUUGGUAAAUGAAGCUUAUCAGUCUAGGAAAUUCAGGAAUCCUGUGAUACUGUAUUUGAAAUCGAUGAUUGAUUGGUUGGAUGCUGCUGUGAGAGAUGGAGAACAAGAUCUUUCUAAAGCAUGCAAGAACAGCUUUGUCCAUGGUGUCUUACUUGCUUUACGUUAUACUUUUGAGGAAUUAGAUUGGAAUUCUGUUGUCAUAUCUUCUGGCAUCUCAGAGCUGAGGUAUUUGUUGGGAAGACUUUUAGAGCUUGUAGUGAGGAUAACUUCAUUGGCACUAUGGGUGGUUUCUGCUGAUGCUUGGUGUCUGCCUGAAGACAUGGAUGAGAUGCUUGAUGAGGAUAAUCUUUUGCUGGAGAUACCUGAUCAUGAGCAUAUACCUUCAUCUGAAUAUGAGAAUAAUAAUUCAAAGCCUUCCCAUGAUGUCAGAUCAUCAGAGCAGAUUGUCAUGGUUGGUUGCUGGCUGGCUAUGAAAGAGGUGAGCCUUCUUUUGGGUACUAUUAUAAGAAAGGUACCAUUGCCAAGUAAUGCUUCUUCAGAUUUAUCUGAGUUAGAUGGGCCUUCUGUUGACACUGCUGGCUUCUCAUCAGACUCUGUGCUUGAUUUGGAACAACUUGAAACAAUUGGGAAUCACUUUUUAGAAGUCCUCUUGAAGAUGAAGCAUAAUGGUGCAAUUGAUAAGACAAGGGCUGGGUUCACUGCUCUUUGCAAUCGUUUACUUUGCUCAAAUGACCUGAAACUUCAUAGAUUGACAGAGUCCUGGAUGGAACAACUUAUGCAAAGAACUGUCGCAAAAGGACAGGUAGUGGAUGACUUGCUGAGAAGAAGUGCUGGAAUACCUGCUGCAUUUACUGCGCUGUUUCUCUCAGAGCCAGAAGGCACCCCAAAAAAGCUCCUCCCAUGGGCACUGAGAUGGCUUAUAGAUGUUGGUAAUGGGUCUAUGCUGCAUCAGAUUGAGAGCAAUAGCUUGAAUGGUGAGCCAUGCAAGUCAAAUGAUUCAACUGAAGAAAAUAAUUUUACACAGACAGCUGAAAGAAAUGCGCGACAGAUGUUGUCAAAGAUCAGAGAUGAGGGUGUCAUUCCUACAGUACAUGCAUUUAAUGUUCUAAGAGCUGCAUUCAAUGACUCUAACUUGGGUACUGAUACAUCUGGUUUCUCUGCUGAAGCUUUGAUUUUGUCUAUUCGCUCUUUUUCUUCUCCAUACUGGGAGAUCAGAAACAGUGCUUGUCUGGCUUACACUGCUUUGGUUCGUCGUAUGAUUGGAUUCCUCAAUGUUCAUAAGCGGGAAUCAGCAAGGCGAGCACUAACUGGGCUUGAGUUUUUCCAUAGGUAUCCGUCACUGCAUUCAUUUUUAUUCAAGGAACUAGAAGUCGCAACAGAGUUUCUGGGUUGUGCAUCUUCAGGAGACUUGGAAUCCAUCCGGGGAAAUAAUCUCCAUCCUAGCUUGUACCCUAUUCUAAUUCUUUUAUCUAGGCUCAGGCCUUCAUCAAUUGCUGGUGAGACAGGAGAUGAGCUAGACCCUUUCCUUUUCAUGCCAUGGAUUAGGAGGUGCUCAACCCAAAGUAAUUUAAGAGUUCGUGUUCUUGCAUCUAGAGCUCUAACAAGUCUGGUAUCAAAUGAGAAAUUGUCAUCAGUCCUUCUCAAUAUUGCAUCUGACUUGCCCUCACAUGGUUCUUACAGUAUCUCCUUCAACUUUAUUCAUGGAAUUCUCUUGCAGUUAACUUCUCUGCUAGAUGUAAAUUGUCGAAAUCUUGCUGAUAACUCUAAGAAAGACCAUAUCCUUGGUGAGCUUAUCCAAAUUCUUGUACUCCGAUCAUGGAUUGCCAAGCCUACUCAUUGCCCGUGCCCUAUCCUCAAUGAAACAUUCUUAAGAGUUCUGGAUCAGAUGCUUAAUAUUGCAAGAAGAUGCCAGAUCACCAAACAUUUCUAUUCCAUUCGCAACCUGCUUUUGGAGUUGUCAACAGAAUGCUUGGAUUUAGAAUCAUACGGCCUGCCAUAUUAUGAUCCAACUGUUGCUGAACUUCGUGAGCAAGCAGCCAUUUCCUAUUUUGGAUGUUUUUUCCAAGCAUCCAAGGAUGAGGAAGAGAUAAUCCAUUUGCCACCGAGACAUUCUCUUCCAAGUUCAGAAUCAUUGCGUGAAAAUGAAAUGGCAAAUGCAUCUGUUGGUCUUUUGGAUAGGUUGAUUCGCUGCUUAUCAGACUCAUUAUAUGAAGUUCGAUAUGCAACACUGAAGUGGUUGCUGAAGUUCCUGAAAGUGGCUGAACCUUGUGAUAAGCUCUACGAUCUUUCCAGUAAUGACAUCAGGGCUGUUCAACUCUGGGCAAAAGCUAACCUAAAUGGAACCUUGGUGAAGAUUUUGGCAUCAGAGAGGAACUACAGAUGUACAUAUUACAUUCUUAGGAUCCUUGUAGCUUGGAAUUUGCAGCAAUUUGAAAACACUAGCUGUGACAAGUGCACUGGUAAAAAUAGUUCUGUUGGUGAAAUGGACUUCAACUCUGUGUUGCAAUUUUGGAAUGAAUUGGUUUCGUUGUACAAGCAAACAAGACAUGCAAAAACCCGAGAAACCCUUGUUCACUGUCUUGGAGUAUGCAUUAAGAGAAUUACAAUGUUGUUUGCUAGUUCUAUCCUAUCCAAUGAAGGAAUGGAACUUACAGCAUGUGGUGGAAUUAAUCAGGAAAUGUUGAGUUGGUUAUUUGACUGCAUUGUUUUUUUCUGUAACAUGAUUAAACGAUGUAGUUCACCAUCUGAACCGACAAGUAUGCGUCAGGCAGCAGCUGAAUCUUUGAUAGCAUCUGGUUUGCUUGAGCAGGCUAGGCUCCUGGGCUCGGUUGUUUUGAAUAACCACAUUCCCUUCGGCAUUUCAUCUUGUUUUGUGAAAGAAGAAGCUGUGAAUUUGUAUGCUCAUCAUGUACUAGAUGCAUGGUUCACAGGCAUCAAGCUUUUGGAAGAUGAAGAUGACUUGGUUAGAUUGAGGCUUUCUUCUGAUGUUCAGAAGUGUUUUACUACAGAAAGAACUAGAAGCAACCUUACUCCUGGAUUGGUUCCAAUCCAAGUAGAUAGAGUGAUAAGAUUUUGCUUUGACCAUCUCUCUUCCAUUUUUGGUCACUGGAUCGAUUACUUCAAUUAUCUUUGUCAGUGGGUAUUAUGUGCCGAAAGCUAUGUAGCACCCCGAGGAGAUCUUGUGAGACGGGUUUUUGACAAGGAAAUUGACAAUCAUUAUGAAGAGAAGCUGUUGAUCAGCCAAAUUUGUUGCUCCAAUAUGGAAAAGCUACCUAUUUUGAAGUUCUGGGCUGACAAAGAUGAAUUCAGGAGCUAUUUACAUGGAUGGAGAAAUAGAUUUUCCCAUCAGUUGGUGUCAUAUGCUCAAGACCAUAUAGGGAAAGAGGAAGGAAAUGAGUGGAUCGGAGGCGUAGGUAACCAUAAAGAUGCAUUUUUACCCUUAUAUGCAAAUUUACUCGGUUUCUAUGCUCUUUCAAACUGCAUUUUUCUUGUAUCUGGCAACAAUGAUGCCAAACUACUUCUAUCAGAUGUAGUUGUGCUUGGAAGAGCUAUCAAUCCAUUUCUUAGAAACCCUUUAAUUUCUAACCUGUAUAAUUUAGUCCUAAAAUCACACGAGAAAAUGGCCGGUGAUGUUGCUAAUGGCAAGUUACCGGAGAUGGGAAAUUACUUUCUCUGGGAUAGUUUUCAUCCUUAUUUUCUUCUUGGCUAGAAUUUGUAUACUAUUUGUAGUUUCACUUUGGAGCCGUUUAUGGGAGGCUUAGGCAAAUUUUGGAAUUGCUAUACAAUUUUCCCCCGUGAUGAUUGUGCAGAGUAGUUGUAAACUAGAAAGUAAUUUUGUAACAGAAUACUUUGUCUUUGAGAUUUUUCUUCAGGCUAUUGGCAGUGUUUAGCAACUUAUUGUCUUGCUAGUUUC